AUGUUGAGAUUGAAGCAGAGAAUAAAGCAAGCUCAAAAAGAAGGUGAGAAGAAUUCCUCCAAAACAGCAGCUUCGGUUGCCUUGAUUCGGAUUACAAAAGACAUAAAUGAGCUGAAGCUGCCAACAACAUGCAGUAUUGACUUCCCAGACCCAAAUGAUUUGUUCCGUUUCAAACUGACCAUAUCACCCGAUGAAGGCUAUUAUCAAAAUGGUAGUUUCGUUUUCCACUUCCACGUGCCCAACAACUAUCCUUACGAACCACCCAAAGUGAAAUGCGAAACCGAAAUUUACCAUCCCAACAUCGAUUCGGAUGGAAAUAUUUGUCUGAAUAUUCUCAGAGAAGAUUGGAAACCAGUUCUGAGCAUCGAUUCUGUCGUGUAUGGACUGCAGUACCUUCUGCUGGAACCGAAUCCUCACGACCCUUUGAACAAAACCGCUGCUGAAGUUUUCAUGAUGGAUAAAACGGCUUUCGCAGAAAACGUUAAAAGGGUUAUGAGAAGAACACGAGGAGGGUCGGCAGUGACUAAGCACAUUCGUUAUUGUUAUGUUUAA